GCGGCUACGGAAAGAUGGCGGCGCACAGUGUGAAACGUUGUUUACCACUGGUAGUUAUUCUAGGGGCCACUGGGACCGGCAAAUCCAAGUUGGCCCUUCAGCUGGGCCGGAGACUCGGAGGGGAAGUGAUCAGCGCGGACUCCAUGCAGGUAUACCAGGGCUUGGAUAUCAUCACUAAUAAAGUGACAGCUGAGGAACAGCAACUCUGUAAGCACCACAUGAUCAGCUGCGUGGAUCCACUUGUCACAAAUUUUACAGUAGUUGACUUCAGAAAUAAAGUAGUGGACCUGAUUGAAGAUAUAUUUUCAAGAGAGAAAAUUCCAAUUGUGGUCGGAGGGACAAACUACUACAUCGAGUCACUACUAUGGAACGUUCUAGUUAACACGGGUUCUUAUCCCUUGGUAAAGACAGGUCUCCAUGAAGGUAAAGUCAUAACUGACAAGAAAACUGAAUUGGAAAAAUUGGACUCUUUUGAACUUCAUGCACGGCUGAAAAAUGUGGACCCAGAUAUGGCUGCAAAAUUGCACCCGCAUGAUAAACGUAAAGUGGCAAGGAGCCUGCAGGUAUAUGAAGAGUCGGGUAUCUCCCAUACAGAGCAUCUAAGACGACAGCAAGAAGAAGAUGGAGGUGGCCCCUUAGGAGGGGCCUUGAGAUAUCCACAUCACUGCAUUUUAUGGCUGCACUCAGACCAGGAAGUUCUUAAUGCUAGACUAAAUGCCAGAGUGGAUGAAAUGCUGGAGAUGGGGCUGAUUAAGGAGCUGCAAGACUUUCAUAAACGCUACAAUGAGAAGAUCAUUGCUCAAUCAGGCCAGGACUACCAGCAUGGCAUUUUCCAAUCUAUCGGCUUUAAGGAAUUCCAUGAAUACUUGGUGGCUAAGGAUAUUUCGCCUGAGCAGGCAGAAAUUCUUCUACAGAAAGGUAUCGAGGCUCUGAAGCAAAGAACACAAAAAUAUGCCAAAAAACAAAAUAAGUGGGUGCAAAACAGAUUCUUGAAACGUCCUGGACCUAAUGUACCUCGUGUGUAUGGACUGGAUGUUACUGAUAUCUCUGCUUGGGACAAACAUGUUCUGUCACCUGCAAAACAGAUUGUUAGCAGCUUUUUACAGAAUCGGCUACCCGACAUCAAGCCCGUGGAAAUUGCUUCUGACAAUAAUGAGAGCAAGAGAACUAGUCGACACUGUGAUUUGUGCAAACGGAUUAUCAUUGGUGAUCGUGAGUGGGCAGCACACACAAAAUCCAAAUCACAUCUUCAUCAUGUGAGAAAAAAUAGAAAACAGGAAGAAGAAAUGAGAACUGUAGAAAAGAGGAAGAUGAGGCCCACUACAGAAAGUUUUCUACCAGAGGCGGAAGAGGCUUCUCAUCCAGACUGUGUACAUGACCUACAGGAAAAAAGACUGUGUACCCAUCAUGCAGACCACGCAUCCGAUAUUCAAGACUCAGAAUCUCCAGCGCAAACUUUAAUUGACUCUAAAGGUUUAUGACCGUACACUUCAUGUAUUUUUAUUUGUUUCACCAAACUCAGCCAAAGUUUUGAGAUUUUUCAAUCGGGAUUAUGUUAAUCUGUACAAAAAGUGAUGAAGCGGAUGCCCACCUUUAUAAUCGUGGUUUUAGUUGCUUUACACUUGCUAUAUGAAGUGAUAUUUUCUCCUCAAUAGCGAUCUUUUUUUAUUUAUGUACUUUCCAUAAGCAGAGAUAUUUAUUAAACACUUAAUGAUCUAGAAAUGUGGCUGCGAAUAUGUGCUUUAAGUGCAUGUGCAGAAAUGCGUGGUCAAAGCUGUAAAGUGCGUUAAUCUAACCUACUGAUAUGACGUCAAUUUUAAAAACUGGGAGUACCCCUUUUAAUUUUUUCCUCAUCACUUAAAGGGGU